CUAAGCUAACCUGGAAUGCCUCAUCUAGAUGGGUCCAAAGUCUAAAACAAUAUAUGACCACAUCACGUAAUCAAGUACUUAUAUUCCAUCAGAGAAGCAUACAAGGACACAGUGGUCCACCGUCCAUCUCCCGACUUUUCUUCCCCUUUUUAAACACUUCAGAACACAACACAUUCACUCCAAACCCCAACCCGAUCCAUCAUCAACAUUGCUUAGUCUUAACCAUAGUUCCACCACCAUCUUCUCAAGGUUACAACUUAAAAGCUUAACCAGAAAUGGAGAAAUCACAACGCUGGAGUUACGUGAAAGACAAGGCUAUAGUCUCCAGCCUUGCUGAACAAGAAUGGGAGAAUAGCAUGGAUGGAGAAGAGGAGGAUGCAGGAGAUGAAGACAAAAGGAAGAGAGUGAUGGAGAGAGCUAGGGGUACUAACACAGACCGUGUUCCACCGCGGCUAUGCCAGGUCCAUAGGUGCACUGCUAAUUUAACUGAAGCCAAGCAGUAUUACCGCAGACACAAAGUCUGUGAAGUUCAUGCAAAGGCAUCUGCUGCAACUGUUUCAGGCGCCAAGCAACGUUUUUGUCAACAAUGCAGCAGGUUUCAUGAGCUACCAGAGUUUGAUGAAGCUAAAAGAAGUUGCCGGAUGCGCCUAGCUGGACACAAUGAGAGGAGAAGGAAGGUUUCUGGUGACAGUUUCGGCGAAAGGUCAGGCCGGAGAGGGUUUAGCGGUCAACUUAUCCAGACUCAAGAAAGAAACAAGGUAGACAUUAAAUUUCCUAUGGCCAACACAUCAUUCAAACGACCAUAGAUCAACUAAACAAUAUCAACACACCAGCUCUCUCUCUUCUGUCAUCUACUUAUGGUCUAUAUCUACAUUAUCUUGUUAUCCAAAUAAUGGCAUCUAACCAUGUCAAGAAAAGUGAAUCCUACACCAAUAUAUAACUACAAAAGUCUAGUACCCUUUAUGCUGUCAUAUGAAGGAUGCCUAUCCACAAAAUGUAAUAAGAUCUUUAAUAAUGAUUAUGAUAUGUUUUUACUCUUGAGUCUCAAAUUAAAAAAAAGUCUACAUCAUAUGGUAUUAACGGUAACAUAUGGUUCUUGACUGAAAUGCAUCUCCAAACUCUUAUAACCAAAUGCCCUUGCCACAGCCAAAUGGCCAUCCACUCGAGUAACAUCUCCACGAAACCGCCUCUGUUCUCGAUUACACCUUUCUCCAUGUUGGGCCCGUGAUAAUCUGAGAGUUGUUUGGCAACACCCAGGGGCGGAUCUAGAAAAUAAUAUAACCUGGGGCACAAAAUUUAAUUUAGUAUAUUAAAUCAAAUUAUAUUAUUUAAAAGACAUUCAUAAUUAAAAAAAAAAUAUCUUAAUUUAAAUGAAUUAAAAACCAGUUUUCAUAUUUUAAAUGUUUGUUUUAAAUUAUAUAUUGCACAUAAUAAUUUUAUUACGAAAAGUAAUUCCUUUAGUUUUUAUUUUAAUCUGACUACUAAAAAUAAACUUAGUAAAAUAAUUGUUACAACAAAAUUUGAAUAAAUUAUAUUCUUUUACUUUGGAAAAUCAUUUUAAAUAAAGAAGGAAAACAAAUAAUUAUUAAAAAGAAAGAAUUGUUUUAGGUAGCAAAAACAAGGAAAUAAGAGAGAAGUUGUCAUUUAUGAAAAGGUGAAUCAAGAGUGCGUAAGAUAAAAUGAAAGAACAAAACCCGUAGCUCAUGUUUCGAACAAUGAGCGGGUGGGGCACAUAUAAGCCAAUUAAGCUACACACUUGUGUCUGUAUAUUUCUUACACAAAGCUUAUAUAAUAUCAGUAUGUGGCACGUGCCACACCCAUACUGUACUUGGGUCCGCCCCUGGCAACACCAUCUUUGCAAAUAACAGCUCGAGAGUCUCCAACAUUAGCAACCACCAGCUUCUGGCAGUUGAUCAAUAUCGCAGUCAGAGCAGGUUCUUGUUAAGUCUCUCAAAUCAUAUAGCGGAUAUUUUUAAUCUGCGAUUAAAAAUGUUUAUCUUGUGUUAGUUGUCUGAUAGAUAGGUAAUAUAUAGGUUCAUUUUAUAUGGUCCCGCAUAAAGCCAUUGUAGCUUUUGCUUUUAACCAAAGUGUAUCAUCUAAACAACCUCUUAGAGCAUGAUUAACGAUAAAACCGUUUAUGCGGUUCUUUAAAAAAAAAAUUGAUUUUUUUUGUCUAAAAGAAAAAAAAAUGAACCAAUCGCGGGCCGCUACGUGUCGGUGUGAUCUGUAAACAGUGCAAAAACUCUUCAAGAUCGAUCCUUACUUCGUGACUUUGGGGACCGGUUGUUAAAAUUUAAGUAGGACCCACACAUUAAUUUUCUGAAGAAACCACUUUAAGGACUCGCGAUAUUUAUAGCCUUAGAACAUCAUUAUCCAGAGUUUCUUACGACGGGUUUCUUAGGGGAAUAUAUUUUAUAAUAACAUACUUAUCAGGAUAUCGUGGGCAAAUUAUAAAUUGCACUUGCUAUCGUUGCUUAUGGAGAAAUACAGUAUAAAAAUACAAUGUUUUUAAAUCCGACUCGGACACUGAACCGGACGACUUACCGGAUUGCUGGGUUACUGGGUUGACUGUGGGUGAACCACGGGUUAAUAAAUUAAUUAAUUUUAUUAUAUAAUAAUAUACCAACUGUGUAAAUAAAAAUAUAGAAACUAAAGUUUAAUAUUUUUUAAAUGUUUUUUAAAACAUAAAAUAAUAGUUUGGAUAUAUAUUUUAUGUUUAAAAACUUUAAGAAAAUAAUUAACUUUAAUUUUUUAUAUUUUUAUUUUUAUUUGACGUACAAAAUAUCAAAAAGUAGUUUAGAAUAUUUAAAAUUUUCUCCAACAAAGUAAGAUUUACGACAUCUAAAAAAAUCAAGACAUAACAGAAAUAACAGAAAUACAAAAUAAACCAAAAGUAAAAGAUUAUUUUAAUAAAAUGUUAAUAACAGAAAUAAACUAACACCAAAUCACAUCAACUAAUUUUGGUUCUCUCUACCAUCGUUCACUUCAUUUUCUUCAGGUGGCAUAGUGAAACUGAAAUCUUCAUCAAAAUCUAAAAAUCACAAAUAUAAACUUAGAAUAUAAAACAUAAUCUAAAAACUUAAUUAAAAACUUAAAAAAAUGAAGUAAAAGUUAUUUAUUGGUUCGACCGAUGGUUCAACCGGUAUCGGAUUCCGGGUUUUACUGGGUUUUUGCGAGUUUUUGCGGGUUUUUAAAUAUUGGGUUUUUCAUAAAACCCAAACCGAUUUUUUUCUGGAUCAUCGGGUUUACCGGUUCAACCGCGGGUCCGGGUCGGGUUUCAAAACACUGUAAAAAUAUCUUGAAAGCAAAAUUGGUUAUUUGGAAUCAUAUAAUUUUUAAGAAAAUGAAAAUUUUUAUUAUAAUUUUAAAAACAAACACUUGCUUAUGCAAGAGGAAAACCUUAAAACAAGUCAAGAAAAGUUUUCAAGAAAGACAAAAAAUACAAAAAAAAAGGCAAAUUGUUGACAGAUAAAAAUAAAUAAAAGAGAGUAAAUCAACUAUGUUCAACACAAGUCAUGACAACAAUGGAAACAACAAACAAAAGACAUAUAAAAGAAGCAAACUAAGUUCCUUGCGAGAGUCAUGCACGAAUGUCAUCACUCCAAUAAACUCAUGUUUCUGUGGUGACUAUCAAGGCUCAAGAGCACACUCGUAUUAGCUUGAUUCUCAGAGUGCUCUGUUCCUGGCUCUGAUGCUCUGGUUUGUCACCUAAACCCUCCGAAUCAAACAAGAGCGUAGCCAACGCAUUGAAGAAAGAUAGUCCGGUGGGCCAGAGUCUUGUUCUUUGUUUGAAUUUGGCAUUACCGGGAAAGGCAUGUGAGUGUGGUAGGUAGGCAAUGAGGAUUGAGCCAUCAGUGGUCGUUGGCUUGUGCCAUUCCAGCAAUGGUGGAGUCUGUGAAGGAUGAACGGGGUGGUUGGGGACCAUGAGGGAUGUGUUUGAAGAGAUCGGCAUUUUCUUCCACCGCUGCGAGAGGGAGAAAAUCGGCGAAUGCAUGGGGAAAAAGCAAGUGGCUGAUGGGAAUGGUGUGUAAGAGCUAUGCGAGCGUUGAGGAUCUUAAGAAGAUUUCAAUGGCUAUCGCUGUGGCUAUUAAUAGCGUUGGUGUCGGAGUAAGAAAAGUCAAUGGCAGUGGCCGGAGCAUUCUUGGUUACAUACAAAUAUGCUGUAUCGUUUUGAAAUUUUUCAUUUUUUCCACAAUUCUAUUUUCUUUGUUCUUUUGUGAGUUUUUGAUUGAUGAGAAAAAAAAUUUAGAUUUGAUUUUUGAUCUGGUUUUUCUAUCAUUUUACAUGUUUUUGGUAUGUUUGUAAAAAUAAACAUACAUUCUCGAUAUAAUCAUUUUUACUUUUUUUUAAAAAAAUUUGUUUUAUUUGGUUUCGUUGAUUUAAAAUAGUUUGGUUAAAAAUAAACCGGUCAAAACCACUAGAUAUGGAUAAUUAAGUUUCAAAACGUCGGUUUAGGGAGAAAUAAAUCUGAAACUUUCAAUUCGUGGAGAAAUAAGUUUAUAUCUUUUAAUUCGGAGAGAUUAAGCACUAUGUCAUAUAUAGUUCGGUGGAGAUGUGAUGCUAUAUGGUAUUUAUCGAUCAUCAGUCGACCCGUACAUUUUCUAUUCAACUUCUUUCUCUUCGUUUUAUAUAUGCUCAUUUUUCUUUUUUUUUUUUACGCACUUCUCUUACGCUAUUAGGUGAUAUACUGUUUACUGUCGAGUAAUUACAUUUUGUAAUUAUAUGUAUGUUACUUGUUCAUGAUUCUCAAAAGCUAAAGGACUAUAUUUUGUCAACAGUUUUCACUAGAAAAACAGAUCAGUUGUUCGCUUUUUCCGAGAAUAUAUAUACCAUCAUCCUAUGUUAUAUUUCCUUGCUAACCUUCUUUCUUGAAAGUUUGAUCAGUAAAAAAUUACAUAAAAUAAUUAUCAUAUUAUACAGCUCCUACCCACGUCUUUAGAAUACUCCAAUUCUCAAUCACGCAACUUCCUUAAGGAUCCAUGAAGCAACAUAGCUACAACCAAAUAAGUUAUCUCUUGAGGAUAUAAGAUUGAUAUUAUUGUUAAGAAUAAUAAAUAGCAUAUAUAAACGCAUUGCAUAUACAAAUAUAAGCACACAGUGACACACAUAUAUACA